AUGCCAGCUAAGCAAGAUCGCUUCCCUAUUUUGAUCGGAGACCCGGAACAAGAUUGGGCCGCUGCUACACUCCUCAUCCGAGAGGUCUGCAUGCUGAAGCUGGUUGAAGAGAUCACAAACAAAUCCGAAUGGUGGAAAAAGAUUCGAGAGCCCAACAUCGCCGCGAAGUGGAAGAAGGAGGCACUCGAGAUUGACUGGGCUAGCUACGUACGCCAUGGUGACUUCACGCUUGCUAUGGCGGACUGUUGUAUCAACGAAAUUCGCAUAAAGGCUGAUAUCUACGAGCAGACCGGCCUUGUUCCUGUGCUUGAUUAUUCGGCCUGCAUUAUUAAGUCGGACAAACUCAUCACAGAGGAACUCCGACACGAACUUAUCGCGGCGGUUGAAGCUCUUGAAAACGUCCCAGAAGAAGAGAAGGACUGGCAUCCUGGAAGCAACAAACAGGUUCUCAACCUAGUUCAUCCUUCCCUUUGUCCCCUUGUCUAUGGGCGCUCUCGGAUCCUGUUGGAUAAGCGUAUUGGUGUCCAGGACUGCCUUGAUUACUGCGGUCUUGGCCAAGUCAUUCCGAUACCAGAUUGCUCUGAGCUCAUCAAAGAGACCACUAGAGGACCUCGAACGAAUGCGUUUCAAUGGUUGCCCUGUGACGUCGUUCUCGAUAACGACGGUGGCGUCAAGAUUGACAGCUAUAUCAAUAACCUGCAUCCGAUCAAACACGCUCAACUGUAUCCCCUUAUUGAGCGCUUUAUUGCGAAGGCUCUGCCAGCGUGGGAUCUAGUGUAUCACAUCUGUACAAGCUCCGAUUGGGGCUGUUCUCAAUCGAAUCGACCACUCGGUGAUGGCGAGCCUCCACGCCUCCAGGAUGAAGAAGACAAUCCGGACUAUGAGGGAUCUGAGCGUGCAGAGCUUGAUAGUGCCUGGUUUCACAAAACUCAUCCCGUUCCUGUUCCAGAGCCGGAUGAAGCAUCAGCGGCGCACGGUCGUAGCAGAUCCAGUUCUCGAUAUUACAGACUCCCUGCUAGCAGCACAUUUAAUCUCUCCGCAAGCCACAUUAAGGAAAGGGGAUUUUUCAAUGGCGCUUCUCGCAUUCAGGUUAUUGUCAAACUCGCUAAUAUUCACUUAACGCCAGAGAAACCUUAUUAUCGUGGCGGUUCAUGGCACGUGGAGGGCCAACUGAACGAACAUAUUUGCGCCACUGCCCUAUUCUACUACGACAAUGAUAAUAUUACGGAAUCUCGACUUGCUUUCCGUACGUCCGCCAACGCUGAAGACUUACGUAUGGGGCUGCGGUACGACCAAAAUGACUACUAUUCUAUCGAGCGCACAUUCGCUAUUCGCCCCCGGACCCCCGAUGACAAUAUUCAGGAGAUAGGGUCUAUUUUUACACGCGAAUGUCGGGCUAUCUUUUUCCCAAACCUAUACCAACACCGUGUCCACCCCUUCCGCCUCGCCGACCGCUCCCGCCCAUGUCAUCGAAAGAUCCUUGCCCUCUUCCUAGUCGAUCCAUCAAUCCCUAUCAUCUCUACAGCUAACGUCCCUCCUCAACAAAGGCACUGGUGGCUCGGCGAACAGCACAUUAUGAGCAGUUCACUACCUCGAGAGCUAAACGAGAUGAUUCUCAGCAAUGUCGAUUUCCCAAUUGAUGAGACUGAGGCCAAAAGCCUCCGCGAUGAACUAAUGGCCGAACGGACCGCACUGCAGGAGGAUUCGGACGGUAAGCUAAGAGAGGUGGGAUGGAAUUUCUGCGAACAUUAACGGAAGGUUGCAUAACUGUUUGCCAAGGAUCUCAGCUCGUCAAUGACUCAAAACCCCUCACUUCUUGUGGACGAUAGUGUGACGGGACAAGAGCUCUUUAUUUGACGAUCGCCACUUUUCCCUCAGCUUGUCCAUCUCUUUCUUCAGUGUGGCGCGGUGCGCUCGUAGCUCGCGGCGGUGACUCUUCUCUGCCUCUUCCU